AUGUCAGGGAUUUGGCCAGUCUGGGAGAAAGUAUGGGAGAAAGUCUGGGAGAAAGUCUGGGACAUCGGCAGGCCCAUCGGCACCUCCAUGCGGACUUUAAACUGUGCUCGAUGUUUCGAAUGGCCAUGCCAAUCAGUCCUGCCAGCGAGCGCACCGCCCCUGCCACCUAACAUCUCACUGGAAUACUGCAUGUUCAUGCUCCGCCUCAACCCUGCCCUCCACUUUUGCCCGCCCCUCUUGCCCGCCCAUCUCCUUACCAACCCUUCUCUCUGCCCACCCCUCCUUGCCCGCCCCUCUCCUUGCCCGCCCGCCCUCUGUUCUUUGCCUGCUCCCUGCCUGGGGAUAACUGCCAAGAUGUCUUUGUUGCAACAAGUGGAUGUUGCCUUUCUUUCCAGAUUCUCUCUGCGUCUAUCAUCAAUUGGCAUCGUUCUUGAUUGUGCAUGCUGUGGUGCUGCUAUUCCUCUUUCGAUCUGUCGCAGCGACCUGAAUGGAAACUCGGGCAAGCCGAUGGCAAAGCAUUCAUCCUGCUCCUUCUACUGGUGGUUCCCCCAACUCCUUGCAUAUCCAAAUAUCAUCAAUCUCAUCUGCUCAUCGAGUCUGUCGUCGAGUUAUUCACUGACCUUCGCAAGUUCGCAGCUAGUUGCCUCUACCUCCUCGAGCAGUGGAACCACUAUGUUUCCUUUUCCCUCGACCCAGCCUCAUACCAAAUCUAAUGGCAAGAAGCCACAAAAGCAGGGAGAGAAGUGUGUUGGUUCCUUCUGUCAGUGUCUGCGAGCUUUACGAUGCACACGUGCCAUGUGCCUGACUCACUGCACCAAUGCUGGUGGAUGUGCCAUCCAUCCUGUGGAUACAGAGAUUGUGCAUGGCCAUGAGGACAUGAGUGCGCAGGAGGAGUUUGAGAUUCUGGCCGAUGAAGAGGCAGACAUGACUGUUACAAGUAACAUCGGUCACGUGGCCCCCCUAUCAUUUUCCCUUCGUCCUCGCCCUCACCAUCUACCGGCUCAUCCUCCUUUACCGACUUUCCGUUGA